CGUUCUGGGAUUCUACCUGGAGACGAGCAAGGAGAACUUUACCACACAUUUUAUCCUACAAAAUUGAAAUUAUACUUAGCGACAUACAUUUAUACAUCUUUUUUUUCCCUCCCCCGUGGAUCGACGCACUGAUAUUUGGAUGCACGUGCGUAGAGAUAUUUAUCUCCAAAUCAGGUUUACGCAUAAAACCAGAGCAGAAAAAAAAUAAGGGCAUUUUUGCCUCGUUUAAAGACUUUGACCAGAUUUAUUCUGGCAAGGUAAAGUCGCUUUUAGACUUUCUUUCACUCGCGGCGCUAACUUUAAGGCUCCCGUUUCACGCGUAAACUUGGCCGCAACCCGUUACGCGUAUGAAUCUUCUCGACCCUUACCUGAAGAUGUCGGAGGAACAAGACAAGUGUCUGUCCGAUGCCCCGAGCCCGAGCAUGUCCGAGGACUCCGCUGGCUCUCCGUGCCCGUCCGGCUCCGGUUCCGACACAGAGAACACGCGGCCGUCAGAGAACGCGCUCCUCCGGGUGGAGGCGGCUCUGGGCGACUUCAAGAAGGACGAGGACGAUAAGUUCCCGGCUUGCAUACGCGACGCCGUGUCCCAGGUGCUCAAGGGCUACGACUGGACCCUGGUGCCCAUGCCGGUGCGCGUAAACGGAUCUACCAAGAACAAGCCUCACGUGAAGAGACCGAUGAACGCCUUCAUGGUUUGGGCUCAGGCUGCGCGGAGGAAGCUGGCCGACCAGUACCCGCACCUGCACAACGCUGAGCUCAGCAAAACGUUGGGCAAACUUUGGAGACUUCUCAAUGAGGGCGAGAAGCGGCCGUUUGUGGAGGAGGCCGAACGGCUCCGUGUCCAGCACAAGAAAGAUCACCCCGACUACAAGUACCAGCCGAGGAGGAGGAAGUCCGUGAAGAACGGCCAAAGCGAGGCAGAGGACGGCGGCGAGCAAACCCACAUUUCUCCCAAUGCGAUCUUCAAAGCGCUGCAGCAGGCAGACUCCCCGGCCUCCAGUCUGGGAGAGGUGCACUCUCCUGGGGAGCACUCAGGUUCCCAGGGACCUCCAACCCCUCCCACUACCCCAAAAACUGAUGUUAGCUCUGGCAAGAUGGACCUAAAGCGCGAAGGAGGUCUCAGAUCCCUCAACGAUGGCACAAGCCAGCGACAGCUGAACAUCGACUUCCGUGACGUGGACAUCGGAGAGUUGAGCAGCGAUGUCAUCUCCCACAUAGAAACCUUCGACGUCAAUGAAUUCGACCAGUACCUCCCACCCAACGGUCACCCGGGGUCCGUUAGCGGGCCCGGUACACCAGUCGCCUACACCGGCAGCUACAGCAUCAGCGCCGGCGCACCGGUCAGCCCGGCAGCAGGAGCGGCCUGGAUGCCCAAAAGCCAGAACCAGCAGGGACAGCAGCAACAGCAGCACACCCUCACCACCCUGGGUGGCAGCGGGGGCAGCGCCGCUCCCGAGGCGGCUCAGGCUCAGCACAGGACCCAGAUCAAGACUGAGCAGCUGAGCCCGAGCCACUUCAGUGAGCAGCAGGGGUCUCCGCAGCACGUGGCCUACAGCCCCUUCAACCUGCAGCACUACAGCCCCACGUCGUACCCGGCCAUUACCAGGGCGCAGCAGUACGACUUCACCGACCACCAGGGGAGCGCCCCCUCGUUCUACAGCCAUGCGGGCACCGGCCAGGGUUCGGGCCUCUACUCGACUUUCAGCUACAUGAGCAGCCCCAGCCAGAGGCCCAUGUACACGCCCAUUGCUGACAACACAGGGGUGCCCUCCAUCCCCCAGAACAGCCCCCAGCAUUGGGAGCAGGCACCGGUUUACACCCAGCUCACCAGACCCUGAAGACCCCGCGACCCCCACCCCACAACCAUUCCACGUGUACAGCCACAUACAUGCAUCCCAAAAGACUUUAUUCCGAGGAGACAUCCAGCACUCCUUCCAGAUGGACACUUGACGUCAAAGAGGAGGAGAGUCAGACUUGUGAUUGGCUCACACCGUGCCUUGCUAUUGUAUCAUGAUAGAAUCUUUAUAGAUAUAUAUUUUUAGAAAGUUGAAAAGACUUCCGAAAGUCCUCUGUGAGGAUUUGAUUGUUAACAUUUCUGUAGGUUUUGUGUUUUUGUCUUCGUACGCUGGCAGUUUGUUAAUGACGGUUGUUUCUGUUGUAUGAUGAAAAGGCUUCUAUUUUAAUCAGUCUCUCAACAUCUGCUUUUUGUUUAUCUUUGCCGUUUGUUUUUCUCCAUACUUCUGAAUGUGCCAUUCAAAUUUACAUUUAAUGAUGAUUUUUCAUGUUUGUGUGUGAAAAUCAUUGGAAAAGUAAUUAGGUAAUAGACGCUUAAUUCACAAUAUUGUGGAGAGUCGAGCACCACCCGUGCCUUGGAUUUCCUUCAUUUUUUCCAGUUUGUAUGUGUCCGACUGUGUGUUUGUGUGUGUGUGUGUGUGUGCACGCGCCAACAGCUGAGAUUACACUUACCAUUCAGCAGCGUGUGUUUGACAGCUACAGGAAGUCCCCUUUGACCUCUAGGGUCUCCCCUGCUGUCUCCUUCCCCGCUGAUACAACCCAAUCCCCUCGUCCUUUCCCAGUUAAAAAAUAAAGCUAUUUAUUUAUUUCCUUUAAUGUUAUUGUGAAUGAAGUAUUUCCAACCCAUUCUAGUCUCAUUAUUAUUGUCUUUUUUUAUAACAGCAUAUCUCUUCAUCCGCGUUUGGAUUUUAAACCCAGGUGGUACUAAUAGAAAAUGGUAUAUGCUGUAAUCAUCUUUGUUCUUUAUUUAUCUUAUAUUAUCUGAAUUUCUAUUUUAAUUAUGUAUUUGGCUUUCUUUUUGGGUUGGGGGGGCUAUCUUACAACAUUUUUUAUUUGUGAAUUGUCUAAGUUGAACUGAGGCUGAAAGAACUGGAAAAUAUUAUACGUUAGAAUGUUUUGACAGUGUAUGUUUUGCUUCUUUUUUUUUUUGCCCCAUCACCUCCAACCCCGCCUCACAGUAUCAACC